AUGAUUGAUGGAGAUCGUUUGCUGACAGACUACCAGCAGAAAUGCACUGAGCUUCAGUUUGCUGAACGAGAGAUCUCGGCUCUUCGUUGCCAAGUGGAGCAGAUGCUACAGAAAAUCCUGCCUCUGGAGAAGUGCCAGGAAGAGUUGGGUUCCUUGAAAGCAGAGCUGGAAGAGAAAAAGAGUUCUCUCAAGAUUUAUCGGGAGAGUCAACUGGAAUAUGUUAAAAUUAAAGAAGAAAUAGGAAACAGUGAUGCUGUGAGAAAGAAACUGGAAACAAAAGUGAAGAAACUUGAAGAAGCUGCAACAAAGCAUACACAGGACUUCAAACAACUUAAAACUGAAAAGAAAAGGCUUGAAAAGGAGCUAAAGAAGGCACAAGGCAAACUUGAUGGUGUCCUUAAAGAGAAGUGCAGAAAAGUUAAGCAUGCGGAGACCCAGAGUUCAAGUGAAGAUCUUACAACAGAUAUUCUCAAAGAAAAAAUAAAGCUCUUGUUAGAAGAACUCUGGAUGUGCAUUGACAGUACAACAGGAAAAAGAGAGAAUCAGGAAAAUGAUCCUGCCUUGGCUUCUGUUCAGGAUAAGGCAUGGCCUGCAAAAAGACGACUGACUGUUAUAGAAGAAACUGUACGAAUCCACCAAAAGAUCAGGAAGUGUGAUGGCAAAACGCUACCUCGAUCUUCUUCACUCGAAAGUGCUGGAAAGCAAAAUUCUGUAACAGCCAUGCAACUUCGAGCAAGUACUGAGCCUUUUGGAGGUGCCUGUGCGGAGAACAGGACUGCUGAAGAACGUCUGCACGGUGGUGAGGAUAACACUGUAGAUGUGAUAACACAGACAGAUGAGGCACACAGCAGCUCAGACCUCUCCGAUCAGGAGCAAAAGGGCCUCGGUAGCUAUGUGAUGGAUAUAUUAAAUUGGGCCAGGCCUCUCCCUGCUCUACUUUCUCCAGUACAGUUUUCACCACCAGCUUCGCAGGAUAUGUUGUUUGGAGAAGUCACAGCUUCCAGCGAUGAAGAAGUUGAUUUCAGGGCUUCUGCAGUGGAGGAUAUUUUACAAGACGACCGAGUUCAGCCUCAGAGCUGUAAUGUAUUCAGCCUCAAUGAGGAGUGUAACAGGCAGAAUAAACCACGUGAGCACGGUCUUGAUGCAGAAACCUCAUGUAACCUGAGUGGGAAUGAAAAGAAUGUUCAUAUCAGUCCAAAGAUGUCCAGCAAGGAGGAGAGAGAUGCUGAAACAAAGCAAACUGAAGCUGCUACUUUAAUUCCAAACACAGAAACUAACAAAGAUCAUUUGGAGGAAAAUUCUGAGCUUAUGGAAACUGAGCAGAGUGAACUAACUGAAGCAACAGCACCUGAAUUGGAAGCCAUCGAAGAACAGCAAGGAGAUAGUGAGGACAUGCACAAUGAAAAGGGAAGUUCUUCAGCUGAUUUUAUGUUACACAGUUUCAAGCCUCAGAAUUGGAUGGAAAAAUGUAGUGAGGUAGAGCAAACAGUGGAGAACGCAAUCUUAAUCAGAGCUGUUGAUUAUGAGGUUACACAUGAAAAGCACGGUGAAUUAAUGAAAGCAGAAAGAAAUGGAUUAUCAGGAGACAGAGAAACUCCCAAAACAGUAUCUGUUCCUCAGGAUGUUACUUAUUUGCCACCUGAGCAAUGCACUGUGCUUCAAAGUGAAGAUUCUGAGGAGAAAUCUGAUGUGUUUGUGCAGAAUGAAGUGGUUGAAAAUGAAUCAAAAAAUGCAGUCAAAGUAACUAAUACGGCGAAUGAUGAAGGGCAAAACAUAAACCAAGUUAUAAUUGGAGAGGAAAUAACAGCUGCAAUACAAACAAAAGGACUCUGUGCAAAGGCAAAUACUGAGAGAGAGCUCUCUGAAAAUGAAUUGUCUGACUUCAGUAGUUCAAAAUCCUUCUGUGAAGUGGAAUGUCAUGAAGACCAAAUGAUGGAGAAUGGGGAGGGAAUAAUUGUGGAGACUGAGGGAGACACUGGAGCCAUUGAUAUCUCUGCACACUCUCGGUGCUCUGAAAGAGAGCAUGACAGUGAAGGGACACUGGAGAAACAAUGUGUGCAAGCAAUAAAAGACAAAGCGGACAGAGAAUGCGAACCAGAGACUGUUGAAGUGUCUAGACAUUGCUUACCUGUAUCUGCUGUUGAAGGAAUUGGAAUUUCAUUGUCUAUGGAUGACAUGGACAUAAAUGUAGGUAUGGAGAGGACUGCUUUGUCAGCCUUUCCAAAAGAUGAGGAACAGCUCAAAAUUGAAGACGUGAAUAUAACAAGACCUGAGACUACUGAGCUAGCCAUGAAGUCUAACAGAGAGAGUGUUCUAGAAAGAGCUGAAUUGUCAGAGCUACCCCAUAGUGCAGAAAAUGGAGAAUCAGUAGAUAUAAAGGAAGAGGGAUAUGUAAAAGGCAAAUCAUCCCAGGAAGAAAAUGGUAGUAAUUUAUUGCAAGGGAAGUCAGACUUGGAAAGUAUACUUGCAUUACCAAGGAUGGCGUGCAUUACUGAUGCAGAAAGCAGUGUAGCUAAGGGUCAAUCCUCUGUAUUAGAUUUUACAGAAACAGAAGGUGGAAUAAGACAACCUGAAAACCUGUGUGGUACACUAGGACAUCAGUUGUCCGAAACUCAAAACUUCAGUGUGUGUGAAUCUGAAGAGACUGAACUCAAAGUUAAUCCAGAUUCUGGAGGGGAAAGUAGUGAGCUGUUAGAAAGAGUGGAUACUGUUGAAUCUGUGCUAGUGGAAAGUAAUCUUACUUCUCAGGCAAAACCUCUGAAUCAGUUCUUGGUAACUGAAAAUAUUAAAUGUGAUGAAAUAAAAGUGGAAUUAAAUAAACAAAGCAAGGAAUUGGUGACUGAGACUUUUUCCAAUUCAUUUAACUGGGAAGAAAAUGUUGUGAAGAAAAAUAAUGUUUCGGAGAUCAUCUGCCAGCCUGCUUCAGAAAUGGAUUUUAGUAGUGACUUGGCUUUUUCUACUCAAGGGGACUUGGAGGUGGGCUGUAUAAAUACUGAAAAAGCAGAUUCUCGUGUGCAAGUGGAAGUUGGCUUGGAAUCCACAGUGCCUCCCGAUCUAAAUUACGGUCUUCAGAAAGUUUUCAGUUUUGCUGAAAAUACUUUCACAGAAAAGGCUGCUAUUUCCUGUACAUGGGAAGACAAAGGAGAUAAAAAUUGUGUUACGAGUAGUGUAUUAAACUGCUCUUCAGAAAGCUUGGAAGAGGGUGCUGAGAUCCUAUCUGCUGAAAAUGACAACGUGUGCAAAGAACUGGACUGCCUUGAGAGGGAAUACGUGCACAAAGAUGAAAUGACAACUCCAGAUGAGAAGGAGCAGCCAGUAGAUAAAGAACCUCAGGCAUCUGCUAAAUCAAAGAUCCUGGAUGCAGACUCUGAUACUACGAGUACUUUUCUUCUCCAAAAGUUUGAUUGUCAAGAGUCAGGAUGCAGAACUUGUACGUGGGAGACUAGAACAGAUCCUUCCAAAACUGGUUCACUGGCGGCUGGGGGAGAAAGCGAAGAAUUGGAUCAUUUUGAGGCAUCUGGGAAAAAUGCCAUAAAGAGGCUUGAAAAUGAUUUUGAUACACCAGAGCAGAGUGACAAAUGUGAAGAGAAAGACUGUUCUGUACAAAAAGUUAGAGAUGGGAAAUGUUCUGAAUGUGGCCCUGUGUUCAGAAAGGACCUGGGAGCUUCCAGGACUGUUGCUGUGGGUGCUCUGGAAACUGGUACGGUUGUUGAUGCCGAUUGCCGGGUGCGUGAUCUUCAUUCAACAACACACACAGGAAAUACUCUGACAGUCAGUCCUCUAAAAGCAGGCACUGUGGUGGAUAUGGAUACACACUGUGUAACAAACCCCUCUCCAGAUACCGCAAAUGAGUUGUCAGGUGUGGUUGGGAAGGAUUAUCCCAAAGACUCAUCCUCUUGGAAAAGAGAGCGUGUAUCAGUAACCUCUGAAAAUACUGAAGGUGCUAUCAAAUGCAUGGUAGAUUCUAACAGAGCUGUGUGUGACAGUGAGGAAAGUCUAUUAAAAACUGGGGAAUCAGAAGAAAGUCCUGUAAUGCCAAAAGCUUCAAAAAAUAGAUUACCAUUAUGCCAGGUGUUAGACACAUUCUCAGAAACUAGCAGGCUGCCCGUAAAAAACAGUAAAUUAAACACAGGAAUGCCAGCACUUGGCAAUUUCUUAGAAGAUUAUUCUGAAAAACUUCAAUCAAAUGGGGAACAAAGUCCACUACAUGGUGUUGAUACGGGGGUCACGGUGUCUGAAGAAUGUAAUCAAAUUUGCACUGCUUGCAAUGUCGGAGAAAACACCACCGAUCUUAUCCUAGAUGGUAGCAGUAGAAAAAUAAAUGUUGUCAAGUGUCUUCCAAAUCCAGCCCUAUCUGAUGCAGAGUGCAAAUGUCAGACAAUCGGGCAGCCUUCUGAGCCACAAAAAACAGUAUCUGAGGAGUUAUGUAUGUUGCAGUCUUGUGUGGAUGUUGCUCUCAAAAAGGGCAAUAAAUUGAAGUGCAAAGAGCAAGAACCAUCAGAAAUCUUGACUGUUUCAUCCGAGACAACUGCCCAAGAAAAGCCUGCCAAGCUAUCAAAGAGGCUGUCUCAAGGUAAAACAAAGACUCUCAAAGCUAAACUAACUCAGCCAGUGCUUGCAAGUGCUGACACUUCUAUGCCAACAAAAUGCUCAUCAGAGACUCUAAAUAAAAUUAGGCAAGAACUGGGUCUUCCUCUACCCUCCUUGCUACUGCCUUUGGCUGCUACUCCUCCAAAAGCUGCCUGUGCCAUGUCCCCAAUAACAUCUUCUACUGCUCCAUCCUCUUUGCUUUCUCCUCUUGGUGACCUGAUAUCCCCACUACGUGAAACUCCUGUGCCUCCUCUGAUGUCUCCAUUAACAGAUACUUCAGCAGGAAAAUCUGCCCUUUUAUUUUCUCCUCCCUCGCCCUCAGAAAUGGCAGCAGGUAGGAAGAUUCGCUCCUCACCCUUGAAAUUUUGUACUUCCAUUCCAAAGCACGCACUUCCCGUCCCAGGAAGACUUCCUCUGCUUGCAGCCGAUAGCGCUGCUCCAUCUGCUCCUCAGGAGAACUCAGUGAAAAUUUUGGACACUAUGUAUCCAGAGCUAUCUGCCAGGGCAAGGACACUAAACAUUCUGAAAGGCAAUAUUCAGCUCAGCCGCUGUGCUUUUUCAGACAGCCAAAGUUUGCCAGGACCUGUGACUCAAAUAGGUGGGUUCAAAGCAAUCGCGUCUGCAUCAACUGCUUUUGUUAAAACUGGGAGCAAGUUGAAAUCUGGCAGUAGCAAAGAUCAAGACAAAGACAUGCAAGAUCAGCAAUUUUUUCCAAGCUCAUCCAAUCACCUUGAAAGACAGGCACAUUUGCCAGUAUCUAUGCCAAGAAGUGCAAAGAGACUGAGGUUGGACAGUGAACCACCAAAGCUGGAGCCCAGCAGUGCUAUCAGAAGUAUUAAAAAUACAGUCUCUGAAAUGCAGGAGGCUUUCCCAGACAAAAGCUGUGAAACCAGUGGUUCAGCACACAGUUCCAGUUUAGAAGCAUCACUACCAGUGAAGAAGGUUAUUGAUCCCGACUGCCAGGAAGUUUCAUGGGCAUUGAAGAAAAUUGCUGAAUCCUGCUUUGACUUGUUACCAGUUAUUAAAGGUCACGUGCACAUUGGCAACAUCUCAAAAACCCCAAUAAUGAGAGAUGAAGAAAAAGAAGUUGUCUAUGAAUUUGGUGUAAAGAACAAGCAUUUAGCAGAGUCCUUGCUGCAGGCUAUUCUCAAUAAACUCAAGGCUCAGAAGAUGGCCACGAACUACAAUUUUAACCAGGCCUUAUGUCGAGUCUAUGCAGGAGUUUGUCGCCAGUUGGGAGAUUUGGAAAGAGCUCGCCUUUUCUGCUAUAGCCUACUUAAAGAAGACUUUCCAGACUCAGAAAAAAUGAUUUUAUUUAUCGUAACUGUAUGGUCUGACAUAUUUGUCUUCCAAGGUGCAAUCAACAAAGCUAUGCAAUUAGUUGUCAGACAGAGCGCAAGCAGCGAGACGCUGGCCUCUUUGAGUGCUUAUCUGGACUGGGAGCAGAGUUCCUCUUUAGAUGCUGGUGUUAUGGUUUCAAACCUGCUUUUAGAAAUGCAGUCAUGUGCAAAAGUAGAAUUUCAGCGGAGUGAGCGAUACGGAGAAGAUCUGAGUGAAGAUGCUUGGGAGUAUGUAUUUGCUGUUGAUCUACUCUGCUCUCACCUGAAGUGGGAUUGGACACAUGACAAUGUUAUAAGCAAAGUGCUUUGGCCUUCUAUGGAUGCAUGGGUAAAGAAGAGAAAGGGGCAUGAAACUGCUCAAUCCAUUCCUGACAGUGUUGUAGCACUGACACUCAGGCUAAUUGGUCGAUUGGGCCAAAUAGGUUUGAAGGAAGGAUAUCUUGCUGCAGUGAAGAGUAUUAGUUCUGUAAUUGGACUGUUUGUACAGCAUGCAAAAGAAGAAGAUGUUCCCUGGAGUGUGCAGCUGGCAGCUGUAUAUUCACUGUGUGACCUGGGUGCAAGCAAUCCAGAAGGUAUUGCUGAGGCCAUCCAUGCUUGGCGAGCAACAGUUCUUAACAGCAUCCCUUCUGCUGUCAAAAGUGGCAUAGCUGAAAUCACUGCUCUGAGUAAAUUGGAGCUAAACUGAAAUCUCGGGAAGUGGACUGGUCUAAAGGAAGAAGUGCCUUAUUUUACUAAGCAGUAGUUGGUUCCAGUUAAAAACUAUACAAAGUUGUGUGUCCUCUUUUAUUGUUUUUUUUUAACAGAAUGUCUGAUGACACAAAGCAAGCUCAAGUAUUUUAUUUGGCUUCUCUGUUUGAG